AUGUACCACGGCAUUGCGCAUCAAAGCCACUCAGACAAUGCAUCUUCCAAGUCAAGUACUGCGCAACAAUUCUUCGGCUCGGGGUUGGAAUGGGGACGUACGGGCACUAGUGUGAGGUUAUCGUGGAGUGGAAUGUUCCAAUCUUCGACUUUUUCGACCAUGUUCUGGCCGCUGAAUGUCAAAAGAUUGUCUUUCUUUUCAUGGUAUAAUUACGAUAGGCGAGAGUCUAAUAUUGCCAAGUCCCCGUUCCAAACACGCUUUUUGCAUCCUAUGCGCCAAAAUACCUCGCGGUAG